AUGAAACCAAUAACAGUUUUUAUUUUCAUAUUUUUACAGUUGCAUAAUGUUAACGAUAUAAACGCAAAAUCUAAUUUGCAUUCGACGGUUGAUUUAAAACGCAUUUUGAGAAUUGAAAAAUUAUUCAUUGGCAUUUUGGAUAAUUUUGUAACGUCUUCAAUUCGAAGUAUUCAUAAAAUUAAAGCGUCUUUAAGAAAUCAGAUUGAAAUAAGCAACUUAAGUUUCAUAGGAAAACAAAAAUUUAUGAUUAAAAUUCGCUCAGGUCUCCGAAAACUUCAAAACUAUAAAAAAAGAUCUAAAAAUAAUUUUGUAUUGAUUUUAAAACGUAAUUGUGAAUCGAUGCCUACCUUAUCAGACGUUGAAAAUAUUGUAAAGAGAGUACAGUUAAUUCAAAGAGUUUAUAACAUAACAGCUGCUAAUUUUGUGGACGGCAAAAUAUCACAAACAAUUAGAAUUUCAUCAAAACUUUCAUUAUCAGACUGCCUUCGAAUCGGAUUGACAAUGAGUGGCUUAAAAUUUAAUUCGUUUGCGAGUGAUUGGUUGCAUACAGCACUUAGUCGAUUGAAUCAAAGAAAAUCAACUUUUAUUUCUGAGCAAAUUGAUGAAUUUAAAAUUAAGUCAGAGCUAAUCUCGUUAAAAAAACAAAUAAUUGAUUUUCAUAGAAAAGAUGAUGAGAAUUUUAGAGACAUAACCUUAAAAGAAUUCGUACAAAAGUUUAGAAAUGGUGACAACGAUUUAUUUGAGUCGACACAUUCGAAAAUCUUAUCAACAUUUUGUCAACGAGCUCAAAAGAAUAAAAGGAUAACAGCGAAGAAAUUAAUUUGCCAGUAUCAGAUGAAAAAUCAUCCAUUUUUAAAAUUAGCUCCCCUAAAAACGGAAAUAUAUAAUUGGGAUCCAUACAUCGUAGUAUUUCAUGAUGUAAUUUCUAAUGAUGAAAUCAAAGUGAUUAAAAAUAUAUCAUCAAAUAAUCUGCUGAGAGGAAAAAUUUUCAAUUUCAAAACACAAAUGGGUAAAGAAGAUGAAAGUCGAAUAUCAAAUAAUUACUUUAUAAAAGAUGAUGAUCACCCUUUGAUUAAAAUUCUUAAUCAACGGGUUUCGGAUAUGUCAGGUUUAUCAACUGAAUAUUCUGAAAUAAUGCAAGUAGGAAAUUAUGGAAUUGGUGGAUAUUAUGGUAUACAUCACGAUUUCUUUAAUAGCGAUGUGAAGGGGAACUCUACAAAAAAAUUUCCUCAGUACUGGUUGGGUGAUAGAAUAGCAACAGUUUUGUUUUAUAUGUCGAAUGUUAAAUAUGGUGGAGCAACAAUUUGGCCCUUCAUAAAUACGAGUAUUCUUCCAAAAAAAGGAUCGGCGGUAUUGUGGUUUAAUUUGUAUAAAAGUGGAUUACCAAAUUUUUACACCCUGCAUAGCAGUUGUCCUGUUGUAAUAGGAUCAAAAUGGAUUCUAACUAAAUGGCUUCGGUCAAAAGGGCAAGAAUUUAGGAAACCUUGUGGCUUAUAUCCUGAUCAUGACUAUAAAUUUUUUUCUAAUUAAAAAUUGUUUUAUAGAAAUUGAAACGAAAUUUUAAUAAA